AUCCAGACUAGAACCAUCAUUUUAUACUGAUAAUCAUCCUGAGGCGAAGGCACAUAUGUAAAACCAGUGAAAUCUUCCAUGUUUGACUUCACUGGGUAACUUGGAGCUGCCCCCCUGACCCUCCUGAUGACCCUACAUGACAAAUCAGAUUUGCUUACUUUGAAGUAGGCGUAUUGCAGGUAUCUGUACGGCUCUCUCCUCUCAAAUUCAUCAAUGGUGUCACGGCUGGGCAUGGUCUGCCUGAAAGCGGGCAGCCCCUGUUUGCAGCGCUUCAGGCACUGCGCCCUCUUCAUGACGUUACCAAAUGCGUGCAGCUCUGGAAACUCCGCAAACUUCUGCUCGUCGUCAAGCCUCACGGAGCUGCAGUUGAGGUUACAGAAGGCCUCGCUGUCCCGCAGCAGCCGGUACAACCGCAGAGACACCUCCAGUUACGACCGCGGCAGCACCUACAACGUGUUUGUUGGGAAGAAGCAGCUGAUCGAAGGUAUGGACAAAGCUCUGGUGGGGAUGUGUGUCAAUGAGAGGAGCCUGGUGAAGAUCCCCCCUCACCUCGCCUAUGGAAAACAAGGAUAUGGAGACAUCAUCCCCCCUGACUCCAUCCUCCACUUUGACGUCCUGCUGCUUGACGUGUGGAACCCGGAGGACGGUGUCCAGAUCAAAACCUACCACACACCUUCAGCCUGCACCAGAAAGGUGGAGGUGUCUGACUACGUGCGUUACCACUACAACGGAACUCUGUUGGACGGGACGCUCUUUGAUUCCAGCCACACCCGUAUGCGUACCUACGACACUUACGUUGGGAUUGGGUGGCUGAUCGCCGGUAUGGAUCAGGGCCUUCUGGGAAUGUGUGUUGGAGAGAGACGCAUCAUCACUAUGCCUCCGUCACUUGGAUAUGGAGAGAAUGGAGAUGGCAGCGACAUCCCAGGACAGGCGUCCUUGGUGUUUGAUGUUGUUCUUUUGGACCUCCACAACCCCAGAGAUGGAAUUGCAGUGACCAAUCAAAUAGUGCCCGAGUCCUGCACGAGAAAGACCGUCUCUGGAGACUUUGUGCGUUAUCACUACAAUGGCAGCCUCCUCGAUGGAACAUUUUUUGAUUCCAGCUACUCUCGUAAUCGUACCUAUGACACCUAUGUGGGUCAAGGCUAUGUGAUUGCUGGCAUGGAUGAAGGUCUCAUUGGAGUCUGUGUCGGAGAGAAACGCACCAUCACCAUCCCCCCACAUCUCGCCUAUGGAGAGGAGGGCACAGGCUCUAAGAUUCCCGGUUCAGCUGUGCUGGUGUUUGACAUUCACAUCAUCGACUUCCACAACCCGUCAGAUAGCACUGAGAUCACCGUCACCUACAGGCCAGAGGAGUGUGAUAAGACAACGAAGAAGGGAGACUUUAUCAAAUAUCACUACAACGCCUCUCUGAUGGACAGCACAUCCAUUGACUCCACCUAUAAUUAUGGAAAGACAUAUAACAUCGUCCUGGGUGCUAACCAGGUAGUCCCAGGGAUGGAGGACGGACUGAUGGAAAUGUGCGUAGGCGAGAAAAGGCAUCUUGUUAUCCCCCCUCACCUCGGCUAUGGGGAAAGAGGAGUCACUGACGAAGUUCCAGGAAGUGCUGUGCUGGUGUUUGACGUUGAGCUGAUGGACAUAGAGGAAGGACUCCCUGAAGGCUACAUGUUCAUCUGGAAUGACGACGUUUCUGCGGACCUUUUCUCUGAAAUGGAUAAAGACAACAACAAGCUGGUGGAGCCCUCUGAGUUCACUGACUACAUCAUGCGGCAGGUGAACGAGGGCAAGGGUCGCCUGGCUCCUGGCUUCGACCCUUAUCGCAUCAUUGACAACAUGUUUUCCAACCAGGACCGCAACGGAGAUGGAAAGAUCACAGAGGCAGAAUUCAAACUUAAAGCAGAUGAGUCUGCCUCCCAUGAUGAGCUAUGAUGGGACUGAGUGUAAAACUCAGAUAAAGGUGUGGGCUGAAGGGUCAGACAGCAGGGAGGUUGUCAUACAUUUGCGGGUGGUAGAAUAGAAAAAGAUGGAGUUGUAUGUGUAACAUAGGCAAGUGUGGAGUGAGAAAUGUGAGUUGUUUUUGUUUUAGUUUUAUUUUUAUGGUCAAAGAGAAUCUUGUCCUCAAAGAGCCAAAUGAGCCUGAGAAGAAAGAGAGAGGAUUUAGGAACAAGAAUAUUUUUGAGAGCUAAAUAUUGGAAAAAAACACAUAAUUUGAGGACUGUAAAGACAGCGAAUGACUUUUUUUUAACCUUCUGUACCCUCAAGUUCUUGUAUUGUUUUAUGUGAGUUUUUUUUUAUUAUUUUAUUUUGAAGGGUACAAAAGCACUCCUGUGUGAGAAAACAAACCAAGGCCUCAUUCCCUGAUCUCUUCAUUCAGCACCCCUUACUGAAUUUCAUCAUUGUUGACAUGAUGUGGUUGCGAGUGAAAAUGUGUUUUCUUCUCACCGGGUGUCAGCUUGUCUCUGAAAUAUGUGACAGUCUUCCAGGAGCAAGCAGUCGGGUCUCACUCACAGUAAUGGACAAAAGGAAGAAUUUGUUUCUGAGUUACCACUCAUUUAUUGAUGAAAGUAAGUAAUCAUGAGUUUUAAUUGAUGUAGUUUACAGCUGGCAGUUUCCACUGUUUUAUGUUUAAAUGUCAGGACGCCUUCUGUGUUUUCUGCUGUUCAGAUGAUCCAAAGUGACACUGAAAAUCCAAAAAUGUCGUUGAGGUUUUUCAGUCUUUCGGGCGCUUUUGGUCGUGUCGCUUGUUUUUGUCUCAGUUCAAAUGUCAACACCUGAUUGUGUGUGUGAGUGUGUGAGUGUGUGUGUGUGUGUGUGUGUGUGUGUAUCUUAGAUAGAGAGAAAUGAGUGUGCAAGUUUUGUUUUAGUUUUUCCAUUCAGAAGAAUACUGAGGUUUGUUUUUCACUAUGUCAGCACAAAGUUUAAAUGAUUAAAUGACCUGACC